AUGAACCCGUUGCCGGUCGAGGUGAUCGACAUCAUCCUCGGCUUCGUCGGCGACGACCUCGAGCUGGUCUACUGGCUCGCCCUGGUGGUGACCGACCCCGUGGUCCGCUCGGUGGUGGUCAAUCGCCGCUACUCUAUCCACGUUGCCAUCCCCGAACUCGACCCCCGUAAUCGCCAGGCGGUGCUGAUACGCCAGUGCCAGGAGUUUCUUUCGGUGUUUAACCAUGUCCACCUUAUCCCCUGGAUCCACAAUGUCUAUCUAACGUUUAAUCAGAGCAUUGUCGUCCCCUUAUUUGUUGAGCUGAUUGUGAAACGUUACCGCCACCAUAUCGAUACCAUUGACUGGCCAUUCUCGUGUAAGGAGCUACCAGCGUCUUUAGUACCGAAAGUGGCACUGAUGAGGUUUAGCGACUAUACGUUGUUAGGGGUGGUGGAUGAACGAUACACCCAGUUAAAACACGUGGAGCUUCAGUUGAUUACGUACCCAAUUGUACGACUUCUGAAACCUCGAGACACAGUUACGUCAUUGGUGAUUAGUGGCAAUGGCUGUGAGAUUGAGACGUUACCGUCUACAUUGGAGAGACUUUCGAUUACUGGCCAUAUUCACGUCACUUGUGAAGUGCCCCGAUUAACGCACUUAAAGGUGGACCUGGGAGUACGGUGGAAGUUUCCACCACGGUUCCCUCGUUUGGUGGAGCUUAGAGGAACUAAGGGGGCUAAUCUUCAACCGAUAAUCGCCUUAAACCCUCAAUUAGAAUCAAUCGAAGGGUCAGAGGGAGUGUUUGAUGAUUGUUUACCUCAGCUACAACGGGUGGAAUCGACUCGGUCGCCAUUUGCAUUCAAGGGAGCCAUUGGCCAACAAUUGGUACUUAGAAACUCCAUUGUCACUGCGCCGAUUGAUUGUCCUCAAAUUGACUUUGAAGCCGUCACAUUCCACUUCAAGCAGCUAUCAUCCGAUCUCACCCAUUUGAAGCUCAAAGACGUCGACUGUGCCUGCCUCAAUUUGGAUACUUUCACCCACCUCACCAGUCUUGAGUUGAAAAGUAUUAAGAUCAACCACCCUUUAGUCAUCGAUUCACCUCAAUUGAGAGAUGUGGUUCUUUGGUGGGUGGAACUGCCCCGGAUUGAUAUCAUCUCCAGCAUUCAAGCAUUAGAUUUAGUUUGUGUGGAUACCAGAGAACCAAUGAUAUACCCUCACAGUCUCCGUCGCUUCAGCAUCACCGACGAUAAGAUCUCGGAUAUUGUGUUGACGGCACCCCUUGAGCGGUGUCUUGUGAUGUCCAAUUCCUUACAGAAUCUCACCAUCGUCGACCCUCAUUCGUUAACCUAUUUCAAGUGUCACAUCCCACAAAAAACGUUAAAGAUGGGUGAUUUCACCAGUGAGGAGUUCGGUAAUACUCCCUGGGAAUGGAUAUUGGUGACCCCUUACUUUGCCAAACUAGUGAUGCACCAACUACCCUUGCCCACCUCCCUCACUCUGCUUCGCCUAAAGAAUAACCAAACGAUGGAUGUGGUACCGCGACUGUUGCGUUCUCUAUCCAUUGAAGGCGGCAUUCUCCCAGCCAACCUCAGUGAAUUGGUAUACUUGAAGGAACUAGAGCUUGAUGACAUCAGCUACACCAAGUUCCCCGUGUUUCCCUCACAACUCCAGCUGUUGAAAAUCAACCGGUGUCGGUGUACUCGGUGGCGGUGGUUUCGCGAGCUUGAGCUUCGAUUUGAUGGUCUCUACACGGAGAUUGAACAGCUAUCGAUCAUGCUGAAUCAGCCGUGGUCAUUUCACAGUAUUGAAGGUCCCAAACACCGUCGCCUUAAGAUUUUGAAUGUUAGGGGAAAACCUCGUGAAGGGUGGGUGGCUCUAGAAAGAGCACUACCUGAUGGGAUGGUGGCGUUGUGCCACGGACUGUUCUUCAAAGGGCUUAUCGUAUGGGAUAAUAUCUGUAUGCCGGAACUGCCCCUCCGCUACUUAUUGCAACUGGCCAAAGCUCCGUUUUUGCUCCCCGUCCGUGACGAUGAUGAGCGUGAUAUUGAGUUUUAG